AUGGCCACUUCCUUUGUGCACAGCUCUUCUUCUACCUACGGUGGAGGUAACUCUCGCCUUUCCUCUGCCCGAGCAGGAGGAACCUACAGAGCCCCAAGCAUCCAUGGAGGAUCUGGUGGCAGGGGUGUCUCUGUGUCCUCAGCUAGGUAUGUCUCCUCUGUAGGAGGUGGAUACGGUGGUGGUGUGUGCUCUGGCUUUGGUAGUGGUUUUGGAGGAGGCUACGGUGGCUUUGGUGGUGGUGCAGCCGGUGGCUUUGCUGGUGGUGCAGCCUGUGGCUUUGGUGGAGGAGGUGUCUAUGGGGGAUGUUUUGAAACUGCUGGUGGUGAUGGCCUUCUCUCUGGAAACGAGAAGAUAACCAUGCAGAACCUGAAUGACCGUCUGGCUGCGUACCUGGACAAGGUGCGAGCUCUGGAGGAGGCAAAUUCAGAUUUAGAAGUUAAAAUCCGAGACUGGUACCAGAAGCAAGGUCCAACCAGCCCAGCCCGGGACUACAGUAAUUAUUACAAGAUAAUUGAAGAUCUCCGAGACAAGAUUCUUGCAGCUACUAUUGACAAUUCCAGAGUCAUUUUGGAGAUUGACAAUGCCAGGCUGGCUGCAGAUGACUUCAGACUGAAGUAUGAGAAUGAGCUGUACCUGCGCCAGAGUGUGGAGUCUGACAUCAACGGCCUGCGCAGAGUCCUGGAUGAGCUGACCCUGUCCAGAGCUGACCUGGAGAUGCAGAUUGAGAACCUGAAGGAGGAGCUGGCUUAUCUGAAGAAGAACCAUGAGGAGGAAAUGAAGGAGUAUUCAAAUCAGCUGAGUGGAACAGUCAAUGUGGAGAUGGAUGCAGCUCCUGGCAUCGACCUGACCAGAAUUCUCUCUGAGAUGAGGGAGCAAUAUGAAACUCUGGCUGAGAAGAACCGUAAAGAUGCAGAGGCUUGGUUCCUCACUCAGACUGAUGAGCUGAACCGUGAAGUAGCCACUCACACAGAGCUGAUCCAGAGCAGCAAAUCAGAGAUCACAGAACUGAGACGCACGGUCCAGAGCCUGGAGAUCGAGCUCCAGUCACAGCUCAGCAUGAAAGCUGGCCUGGAAGCCAACCUGCGAGAUACAGAAGGACGAUACUGUGCACAGCUGGCCCAGAUCCAGGUCCUCAUCACCAGCGUUGAGGAGCAGCUGAGCGAGCUGCGCUGUGACAUGGAGCGUCAGAACCAGGAGUACAAAAUGCUCAUGGACAUCAAAAGCCGCCUGGAGAAGGAAAUCGCCACUUACCGGCAGCUGCUGGAGGGCCAGGACGCUCACCUGUCAGGAGUGAACCCUAAGGAUGCAGGAUCUCUGAGCAGAAGAACUGGCACAGAUGAUGAUGGAAAACCUCCUAGCAGGAGAUUCUAAUAAAGAAGCACUGAAUCCUCUCCUGCAUUUCACAUCAUGUAAAAGCAGCACAGCCAAACCCUUGGGUAGUGCUCAGGAAAACAGCCUUUUCCUUUUGCAAAAUCACAAGAAUGUAACCCAAGAAUAUGCACCAGCUUGAUGUCUUUCCUCAAGUUUGCUCCUUUGCUCUCCCUUUUUCCAUGGCUCUAUGGGUCAGAAACAAGAAGCUUGUUCUCUGCCAGUGGUUAUUUUGUUUCUCUAGUGAAGAA